AUGGCCUGGCUCAGUUUCUACGAUAAAUGUUUCGAAGAUAUCACGGAAGAGUUCGUUCUGAUACCCAACGGAGAUUUGGUGUAUAACAACCCAGUGUAUCCAGCUGAUAUGAUGAAACCGAUAUUAUCUGAAUUGAAUUUGUCAGACUUGAAGACCUGUUUUGUUAGACAUUGCCCUAAUGCGUUUGGAGUAUCUUUGGUUGAUAAACAUGGAAUAAAAUUGACAUAUUCCGGUGACACCAUGCCAGCAGACUCUCUCAUUGAACUCGGUGCGAAUAGCGACGUUCUAAUACACGAGGCCACCAUGGAGGAUGAGCUGGCCCAAGAGGCGGUCGUCAAGAUGCAUUCCACCACCUCGCAGGCCAUCGAAGUCGGCCGAAAGAUGGCCGCCAAACACGUGAUUUUGACACAUUUCAGUCAGCGUUACGCCAAAUUGCCGAGGUACAACGACAACUUCAGCGAGAACGUCGGAAUCGCCUUCGAUAAUAUGCAGGUUAAUAUGAAUGAUCUAGUUCUAGUCCCACAUUUACGACCAGCUCUGAAGCUGAUGUUUGCUGAACACUACGAAGACAUUGAAAAUAAAGCCAUGAAGCGAAACAUGAGAUUAGAAAGAGAAAAAAGUGCCUUAUCAGAUAAAAAUUUGAAAAGAAAGCAAAGUGUAACUUAG